UUUCACAUUUUUGAAUAUCUAUUAAUUUAUGCAAGAAAAUGGAAAACUUUGUGUACCCAGAUGACUACGACACUUCGGAACUCGAGGAACAAGCAAAAGCGCAACCAGUUGUAGUUAACACUGAGAUUGAAAUUCCUAUACCUGACUACACCGAUGAGGAAUUAGACACUUUGGUACAAUAUGUGAAGUCUUUGGUAAUGCUUCGUUGUUACGAUGUAGACAGUUGGUCGGAAAGAGCAAUUACCAAUAUUCGCCGAUGGUUUAUGAAUAUUAAUUUUUUGUACUUAACUACAUUUUACGAUAGUGGAUUUAUUGAGGCAUGUUGUGGAUUUCCAUUAGCACCUGUAGGGGAUAUUUGUUAUUUUGAACGAAAACCUUUAGAAAUAUUUAGAAGUAGUACGUUUCACACAGACGUUAUGAGAGGAUCGCUUCAAGUGGACUUAGAUGGUUGCUUACUAGAUACUAUCAAUCAUGUAUAUUCCUUAUUAGUAAGAAAUACAGUGCUUUGGAAUGAAAAUUUGAAAUUUAUAAUGGUUAAAGAUUUGGAUAAGUUUUUAUCCAUUCUCAAUAAUUUUCACCAUAGACUCGCAGGAACUACAGUGCUGUUUGUUCCACACAAAUCAAAAGUACCAAUGGUUGCAUCUGAAAAUGAUGACGAUGAUGAACGGGAUGACAACAAAUGUAUGGAAACUCUUGUGCUGUACUGGACUACUCAAAUCCGAGCCCUUUUAAGUGAUAAGAUACUAAUUGCUGAUAAUGAGCUAUUAAUACCAGAAGACGAAUUAAAUUUUUGGAUAUAUCGAUGUGAAAUACUACAAGGUCUAUACAAUCAGUUUUUUCACACUGAUGUUGCUGGUGUAAUACGAAUCUUGCGACAAAUCCAUUCCGUGUAUGUGAAGCAAAUCGAUGAUUUAAUUCAGCAUUGUUUGAGAGAAAUUGCUGAAGCCAAAUUAAAUAUCAAAUUUCUUAGCCUUAUGAUAAAACCCUGUAACAGAAUGGAAGAAGCAAGAAAGUUAAGCGAAAUCACGCAAUUCAUUCCUGAUUUCAUAAAUACUGUACGAUUUAUUUGGACAAAUUCUAAGCAUUACAAUCGACGUGAUCAAAUUACCAAUAUUUUUCGAUAUUUCACUAACUUUAUUAUAAAAAUGUGUACCAAGCACUUAAGAAUUGAUUAUGUGUUGAGAGGAUACUCGCGUACUGGUAUAAGAUUAGCCAAUCUUAGUUGUGACAUAAUAUUUUGUUACAGGUGGAUGUAUGAUAUUAUGUCGAAAUAUCAUGCCAGACGAAUGCCAAGAUUUGGUUGGGGCUUAGAAAUGGCAAUGAUUUUCAAUCACAUCGAUGCAUUUGUUGAACGCUUAAAUGAUGUGCUUGACAUUUGUGAAGCAAUGAUUGUUUUUGGUCGUUAUGGAGAGAAAGAAGAAAUGCCGAAAGUGCAAUUUGGAGGAACCCAUGGAAUGAUGUUCGAAAAAACAGUCAAAAGUGUUGAAGUUCAGUUCCGAAAAACCUUGCUCAAUCUACGUAACGAUUGUAGAGAUGUGAUACUGAAUGUGCACAGAAACGAAUGGUACGCAGAAGUACUGGUAUAUCGUAAAACAGUGCAGACUUAUGAGGAAACAAUUCAACGUCUAAUGUCUGCUGUUUUUCAACGAAUACGUAACAUAGAGGAAGGUGUUGAAGUUCUUCAUGCCUUAUUUUAUUUUUCCUAUCGUCCAGACUUACGAAAAUUGUACCUGCGUCAAGUCACGGAAUUAUGGGUGAUGGUGAUGGCGGAAAUGGACCACACUGUUACCGCACUAAUGGGUCGUGUCAAGCAUCACCUCUCUUGGAUACCAUACUAUGCACUGCGUGCUCAGUACAAUAUAAUUAAUAUUGAACGUUUAGAGUGGUUGAAAAAUCUAAUUUGGAAUUCAGAUUGGCUGCCAAUCGUUCCUGAAACAAACAUGGCACAAGAUAAAUUCGAAGAUAUACAAUUGACUUUUGAUUCCAACAAAAUCCAGUACUUUGAGGAUUGGUCAAAUGAAAUUGAAAAUGACGAUUUAGAUGCAAAACUUAAUUACACACUGAUUAGGAGAAGUGAAUUAUCAGACGAAAUGAUUGAGUGUAACAUGGAUGAUGCUAUAUUAUAUUGUUGUGAGCAAGCGGUUCACUUUGAAAAAAUGGGAUUCCAAAGUCCUUUUACUGUUAAGCCUGUUCUUGACAAAUACAGUACUAUUCGAUUUGUAUAUAAUAGUGUUGUUAAGGUUUGCAUAGAUUACAACACCAUAGUGAGUUAUUUGUCAGAUAAAGAAAGAGAACUUUUUCGGGCACUUAUACAAGCCUGCGAUCGAAAAAUAUCGCCUGGAGUAUUAAAACUUACAUGGGGAGGCGAACUAAGUGAUGCUUAUGUUGCUGAUUGUGCUCUUCAUACAUCAAGACUUGAGGAAUCACUUAUAACAUAUAAAAGAUCUAACCGCGAGAUCGCAACGGUUUGUAGGCUUAUAUGUGAUUACCCGUUUUUCCAAAUUAAGGAUCCCCCAAUUUCUUCACUCGAUGAAUUUGAAUUUCUCGUUGAAGAUGACAACGAUGACAAUAUGGAUAUAGUCAUUGGAUAUUACAAAGAUUUGCUCGAUUUAGUUUAUGCAGUUUUUGCCGAAUUCGAAAAUUAUAUCAGCGAAAUGCCUACAGAGUGGUUCGAUUAUGUGUAUAUAAUAGAUGCAAUGUUAGCGGUCGGGUUGGUAACAAGUGCGCGUAACUCUCUCGUGAAUAUGCAUUUAAUGCUCACUCCAGAGGGAAAUUUGGAGCCCACACCUAUUAUUCAAUCAUUCCUUGAUAUAAGAUUUGGUGAAAAAAUAUUGGACCCAAGCAUGGAAGACAUUUUUGAGCUAUUUGAACGCAUAUUUGAACAAAUUUGCACCAAUUUAAAUAGUUUCCCUAGAGUUGGCGAAAAAAUGGGAGCGCCGCCUGAGUGUCUCAACAUUUUAUUUCUGGAUUUAUACAAUGAAGAUCAGGACGCACUAACUGUUAAAAUUGCCAUUCUCAGUGAGCUAUACAAUAACAGUGUGGCUAUAGAGAAUUAUAUGGUAUAUUGGGAUACUUAUGCCGAUCUAUGGGAGAUAUCGGAAUCUGAACUCACAAAAAUAAUUGAAUCUUCUGAGCAAACUGCUGAAUAUUAUGAAGAAAUUUUACUUGCUUAUACAGCAAUGGCCAAGGAAAUAGCUGCAGCACCAAAAAGUACCAAUGUUCGUGUAGUGCUAAUCGAGCUAGGUCCAAUUAAAUCAAGUCUUCUCUCAUUGGUCGAAAAAUGGCAGGUAGUUAUGGUCAAAUUACUGCAGAAACGUGCUGCAGCUCGCUUAAAAGGAAUAUAUCGAUACAUUCAUAGAAAUGGCAGGCGAAUAAGGUUUCAGCCACGUAAUUUAAAAGAGGCGAAAGAAGCUACAUUAUUCUACAAUCGUUUAGUAGAAGAAAUUCCACAAAAAGAGAGCGAAUUUCCACAUGUUCGUGCACUUUUUGAUGCCAUUGAUAGGUGCAAUACUGCAAUACCAGAAUUGAUGAGAGUGCUCUUAAUAAACUUAGAUGCUGAAUGGCUGGCAUAUUUAAAAAAAAUUGCUGAAGCGGAGGAAAUGCUUGAAGUAACACGCGAUGAAUUUAAAAAACAUUUAUUAGCCCAGGCUGACAGAUUUAAGACAGCCAUUAAAGAAUUUUUAGCCGACUUUUUUCUUAAGGUCCCAACCUCUAUUGCUACGCAUCCAAAGAUAGCUCUGAAGUAUUUAAAUAUAAUUGGGAACAAAAUCGACGCAUGCUUUGAAUUUGAGAACUCGCUCAUAAAUGAUUUAACGGUAUUUAAUAUAAAUCAAUCAGAAAACUUGGAUCUCCGUAAGCUGCAAGCAGAGUUAGCUAUAAUAAAAGAAAUUUGGGAACUGGUCAAUGAAUGGCAAAAGAACUGGAAUGAGUGGAAAAGUGGGAACUUUUGGGAAAUAAAUAUUGAUAUUAUGGAGGACACGGCCAUUACUUUAUACAAGAGUCUGAACGUUUUAUGUAAGAAAUAUAAAGAUCGCAACUGGGAAAUGUUGGAGGUUACUACAAAAACUCUGGACUCAUUUCGUAGAACCCUACCUCUUAUUACUGCUUUAAAAAAUCCUUGCAUGCGAAAAAGACAUUGGGAUCAAGUUCGGGAAUUAAUGCAAACAGAUUUUGACGAGACAUCAAAAAAGUUUACUUUGGAAUUAAUUAUAGAGUUGGAUUUUCAAUCCUUUUCUGAAGAAAUACAGGAUAUAUCAAAUGCAGCAACUAUGGAACUGCAAAUUGAGAAUGGCAUCAAAAAUAUCGCUCAUAUAUGGAAAACACAAUCGUUUGAAAUGAUGUUUUAUCGCGAUGGCAUAUAUCGUAUUAAAAACGUGGACGAUUGUUUCCAAUUGUUAGAGGAGCAUAUGGUACAAAUUUCGGCAAUGAAAUCGACGCGUUUCGUAGAACCAUUUGCUGAAAUUGUAGAUUAUUGGGAGAGAACAUUAUCAUAUGUAGCAGAGACACUUGAAAACACUUUAAAUGUACAAAGGCAAUGGCUUUAUCUUGAAAAUAUAUUCUCUGGUGAAGAUAUACGUAAGCAAUUGCCAGAGGAAACUGAGAGAUUUAAUUUUAUAACCGAAGAGUUUCGUGUUAUUACGUCAAGAAUGUUCGAGGUUAAGACAGCUGUGAAAGCAACUCAUUUAGGGGGUCCACCAUUUCUUUUAAAACGUUUAUUCAGUAUAAAUGACCGUCUUGAACUUAUUCAACGUGCGCUUGAAAUAUACUUGGAAAGUAAAAGACAGAUAUUUCCAAGAUUUUAUUUUAUAUCGAACGACGAUUUACUAGAAAUUUUAGGAAACGCAAAACGUCCUGAUUUAGUACAAAUUCAUCUGAAAAAACUAUUUGAUAAUUUAUACAAAUUGGAACUUAGAAAAGCAGGUAAAACACUUAACAAGUGGCAAGCAACGGGAAUGUACUCAGACGAUGGUGAACAUGUAGAAUUUCUUAGUCAUGUCUUUCUUGAUGGACCUUCGGAAAGGUGGUUGGCCGGUGUUGAAGAUGCUAUGAUAGCAGUAAUGAAGGAGAGACUUAAAGAAACGCGUGUAUCGCUUAGGAAAUUAAAUACGAACCGAGAGAAAUGGAUAUCUCUAUGGCCAGGACAAUGUAUAUUAACCACAUCUCAACUCACAUGGACCACAGAAUGUACACGGAGUCUAAUACAUUGUCAAAUGGUGAAACAAAAAAAACCACUGCGUAAACUGAAAAGCAAACAGAACAAAGUGUUGAAUAGAUUAUCAGAAAUGAGUCGAAAGGAUUUGGUGAAAAUUAUGCGCCUCAAAGUGAGCACACUUAUCACAGUUGAAAUUCACGGUCGUGAUGUUAUUGAGCGCAUGUAUAAAAACAAUUGUAUCGAUGUUACUCAUUUUGAAUGGUUUUCCCAGCUGCGUUUUUAUUGGCUUCGCGAUAAAGAAAUUUGUUAUAUUCGCCAAACAAAUACGGAGCACAAAUAUGCAUACGAGUAUACUGGGAAUUCUGGCAGACUGGUCAUAACUCCUUUAACAGAUCGAUGCUACAUAACUUUAACGACAGCCUUACACUUGCAUAGAGGUGGCAGUCCAAAAGGCCCAGCUGGUACAGGUAAAACAGAAACAGUGAAAGACUUGGGAAAAGCUUUAGGUAUGUGGGUUAUCGUAACUAAUUGCUCAGAAGGCCUUGACUACAAAAGCAUUGGUAAAAACUUUUCUGGUUUGGCGCAAACUGGUGCUUGGGGUUGCUUUGAUGAAUUUAAUCGUAUAAAUAUUGAAGUGUUGUCCGUCGUCGCCCAACAGAUACUUUCAAUUAUUUCUGCUUUGACUGCGAAAUUGACAGAAUUUGUCUUUGAGGGAACACUUAUAAAAUUGAUACACACUGUUGGUCUCUUUAUAACUAUGAAUCCUGGAUAUGCUGGAAGAACAGAAUUACCGGAUAAUUUAAAAUCAAUGUUUAGACCUAUUUCAAUGAUGGUUCCUGACAAUAUGAUCAUUGCUGAAAACAUUUUGUUUUCUGAUGGAUUUACGAAUACUCGUAGCUUAGCCCGCAAAGUGUAUACAUUGUAUGAAUUGGCUAAACAACAGUUAUCAAAGCAAUACCAUUAUGAUUUUGGUCUACGAUCUAUGGCAGCACUACUGAGAUAUGCUGGCCGUAAACGAAGACAACUGCCCGGAACAAACGAGGAAGAAAUUGUUUAUUUAGCUAUGAGAGAUAUGAAUGUUGCGCGUUUAACUGCGGCCGAUUUACCACUUUUUAAUGGUAUCAUGUCAGACAUAUUUCCUGGAGUUGUUUUACCAGUUAUAGACUAUAGCUAUUUUAAAACAGCUAUUGAAAAUGAACUGCGGGACCAUAAUCUUCAAAUUAUACCCAUUGCCAUUAAGAAGAUAUUGGAACUUUACGAAACAAAAAAUUCUCGACAUUCCACCAUGAUAAUUGGUGAUACAGGUACUGCAAAAUCAAUCACAUGGAAAUGUUUGCAAGGUGCUUUUGGGCGGAUGAAUGCUGACAAGCAUGCAGGCUGGGAGUGUGUUAUUGUACAUCCCAUUAAUCCAAAAGCUUUGAAUUUAGCUGAAUUGUAUGGUGAGUAUAACCUUUCAACUGGAGAAUGGUUAGAUGGUGUCCUUAGUUCUAUAAUGCGUGUUAUUUGUGCUGAUGAGGAACUCACACAAAAAUGGUUACUAUUUGAUGGUCCAGUUGACGCUGUCUGGAUCGAAAACAUGAACUCAGUAAUGGAUGAUAACAAGAUUUUGACAUUGGUUAAUAGUGAACGAAUAACAAUGCCAGCACAGGUAUCACUUCUAUUUGAAGUAGCUGAUUUAGCUGUUGCCUCACCAGCUACCGUCUCCCGGUGUGGAAUGGUUUAUAAUGACUACAAUGACUGGGGUUGGCGGCCAUAUGUGAAAUCCUGGCUUCGAAACCAAAAACCGCCUGAGUAUGUGGAAUUAGUUGAAACUCACUUUGACGAUUAUUUAACUAAAGUGCUAGAGAUGAAACGUACCAAAUGUAAAGAAAUAGUAAAAACAAAUGAGCUUAAUCUGGUUAUUUCAAUGUGCAAGUUGUUAGAGGGGUUUGCUACCAAACAAAACGGAAUAUCCGCACAUAAUAUUGACCAAUUAGAACAAAUGACAAAGUACUGGUUUAUGUUUUGCCUUGUAUGGGGUAUAUGCCCUGUAGUCGAUGAAGAAGGGCGUAAUAGAAUGGAUGCAUAUAUAAGGGAGUUGGAAAGCUGUUUUCCAAUCAAAGAUACAGUGUAUGAUUAUUAUGUAGAUCCACAUCAAAAAGCACUAUUGCCCUGGGACGCCAAACUGUCAGAAACUUGGAGAUAUAAUGCAAAUCAACCAUUUUAUAAGAUAAUUGUACCUACAAUAGACACUGUUCGGUAUGACUAUGUCGUUUCAAAACUACUACAAGAAGAAAAUCCUGUCAUGUUGGUUGGAAAUGUAGGAACUGGUAAAACAUCCACAGCAGUGAGCGUAAUGGAUUCAUGUGACAAAACACGCUAUACAGUGCUAUCCAUUAAUAUAUCAGCCCAAACAACAGCUGCUGGCUUGCAAGAAUCAAUCGAAAACCGCACUGAAAAACGUACGAAAACAUAUUUCGUUCCAAUAGGUGGCAAAAAAAUGGUGUGCUUUAUGGAUGAUUUUAACAUGCCUGCAAAGGACACAUACGGAUCUCAACCUCCUUUAGAAUUGAUAAGGCAAUGGAUAGACUAUAAGUAUUGGUUUAAUAGAAAGAAUCAACAAAAAAUCUACGUUCAAAAUACUAUACUAAUGGCCGCUAUGGGACCACCUGGUGGGGGACGUCAAGUUAUAUCUCCUCGGACACUUAGUCGGUUUACUAUAAUCAAUAUGACAUUCCCUACAGAAGCUACUAUUGUUCGUAUAUUUGGCACAAUGCUAAAGCAAAAACUUGAAGACUUUGAAACGGAGAUUAGAGAAAUAGGACUCAAAGUUACUCAGGCAACUAUUACAUUAUACAACGACGUCGUUGUACGCAUGUUGCCAACGCCUGCAAAAUCCCAUUACUUAUACAAUUUACGUGAUAUAUCAAGAGUGUUUCAAGGCUUGCUACGCAGCCAUCCAGAAGCUCAUACGAAGCGAUCAAUGUUCUUGCGAUUAUGGGUGCAUGAAUGCUUCCGUGUAUUUAGUGAUCGGUUAGUCGACGACAAUGAUCAAGGAUGGUUCUUGAAUGAAAUGAACGACGUAUUGGGAAAGUAUAUGGAGAUAACUUUCCAUAGUUUAUGUCCAAACAAAACCAUACCUAUAUUUGGAGAUUUUAUUAGUAAUUUAGGCUACUACGAAGAUUUUGUUUUUGAAACGUUACGUAAAUUUAUUUUAAAUCAAUUAGAUGAAUAUAACAACUUUCCCGGGAUGACACGCAUGAACAUUGUUUUCUUUAAAGAAGCAAUUGAACACGUCACACGAAUAGUACGAGUUAUUUCUCAACCACGGGGUCACAUGUUAAAUAUUGGCAUAGGUGGAUCGGGCAGGCAAGUUUUAGCAAAAAUGGCUGCUUUUAUUUGCGAAAUAGGAAUAUUCCAAAUUGAAGUUACCAAGAAAUACAAGUCACAUGAAUUUAAGGAAGAUCUAAAGAAUUUGUAUAAAUCUACAGGUGUUAAACAGCGGCCAACCAUUUUCAUUUUCUCUGGAGAGCAAGUUGUUGAAAAUACUUUUUUGGAAAUAAUCAAUAAUAUGUUAAGCACUGGAGAAGCCAAUUUGUUUAAAGCAGAUGAGUUUGAUGAACUCAAAGCUGAAUUGGAACGUCCAGCUAAAAAGGCUGGUGUUAUGAUUACCACUGAAUCUUUAUAUAACUUCUUUAUGCAAAAUGUGCGAGAAAAUAUGCACAUUGCUAUAGCCAUCAGCCCAAUAGGAGAAGAAUUUAGAAGUUAUUUACGACAGUAUCCUGCACUUAUUAGCACAACAACUCCUGAUUGGUUCCGGCUUUGGCCGCAAGAAGCAUUGCUUGAAGUUGCACAAAAGUUUUUAGCUGACUUUAGCAUUAAUGUUCCAGUUCCAGGAAAAGAAAAUGAAGUCCAUCGUGAUAGUUUAGUUGAGACUACUGAAGAUGUUCUUCAAAGAUCAGUAUCUUAUGUAUUUUCAGUUAUUCAUUCAAGUGUGGCUGAUGUCUCUGAACGAAUGUGGCUUGAAGUAAAACGGCGCAACUAUGUUACUUCACCUACUUAUUUGGAACUUGUUACUGGAUUUCAGAGGUUAUUAGAAUACAAGCGAGGUGAAAUUAGCGCUAGUGCAAACAAGCUACGAAAUGGCUUAUGGAAAAUUGCAGAUACCCAAGAAAAGGUAACCUCAAUGUCUGAAGAACUGAAAAUUAGUUCUGAACAAGUAAAAGUCCUUGCGAAGGAAUGCGAAGAAUUUAUUGCAGAAAUUGAGGUUCAAAAAGCUCAAGCAACCGAAAGAAAAGAAGAAGUCGAUGCAGAAGCAGUAAUUAUUAGAAAAGAAGAGGUCAUAUGUAUGGAACUAGCAGCAACUGCUCAAGCAGACUUGGAAGUAGUGAUGCCAAUGGUUGAUGCUGCCAUUAAGGCGCUUGACGCAUUAAAUAAAAAAGAUAUUGCGGAAGUGAAAUCAUAUGGUCGACCUCCUAUGAAAAUUGAAAAGGUAAUGGAAGCUGUUCUAAUACUACUUGGUAAAGAGCCAACGUGGGAAAAUGCUAAGAAAGUUCUCAGUGACCAGAACUUCUUAAACGAUCUGAGGUUCUUUGAUCGUGAUAAUAUUUCCGACAAAACUCUUAAACGAAUCGCAUUGUACACAAAGAACCCCGAACUAGAACCAGAUAAGGUAGCUAUUGUGUCACUAGCCUGUAAGUCGCUUAUGCUUUGGAUUAUAGCAAUUGAAAACUAUGGUAAGGUUUAUCGAAUAGUUGCUCCAAAACAAGAAAAACUAGAUAAUGCAAUGCGGUCUUUGGCUGAAAAACAAGCUAUGCUAGCUGCAGCUAAAAAGAGGUUACAAGAACUGAUGGAUCAAAUUGCGGAGUUAUAUCGCCUAUUGAAUGAAAAGAUUGAAAUGCUGAACGAAUUACGGAUAAGAGAAGAAAAGCUACGAAAACAACUAGAACGCGCCAUUAUUUUAGUCGAAUCAUUAUCUGGAGAACAACAACGUUGGAUCGAUACUGUUGCCCAACUGGAUUUGGCAUUUGAAAGAUUACCAGGAGACUGCCUCAUUGCAACAGCGUUUUUAUCAUAUUUAGGCCCAUUUGACACAAAAUACAGAACAAUACUUCUAGAGCAAUGGAAUAAAUUAAUACUUGAUAAUGGUAUUCCAGCAACAGAUGAAUUAAACAUAACUCUUUUUCUAAGUGAUGCAGUUACAAUUCGAGAGUGGAAUAUCCAAGGUUUACCAGCAGACGAUUUUAGUACAGAAAACGGUGUCAUUGUAAAUAGAGGUCAACGAUGGCCAUUAAUUAUAGAUCCCCAAAUGCAAGCAAACACUUGGAUUAAAAACCUUGAACCGGAGUUAUUGGUAUCCGACUUCGGACAAUUUGAUUAUUUAAAGACAUUAGAAACAGCUUUACAAGUCGGUGCUCCCGUUCUACUACAAAAUGUUGGAGAGCAAAUAGAUCAGGCCAUUAAUCCAAUUCUUCGAAAGAGCUUCACAAUUCAAGCUGGACAAAAGCUAAUCAAAUUUAAUGAUAAAUACAUUUCAUAUAAUAAUAAUUUCAGGCUAUAUUUAACAACCAAAAUAGCAAAUCCUCACUAUCCACCGGAAAUUGCUUCAAAAACUACAAUUGUCAACUUCGCUGUUAAACAGAGUGGAUUGCAAGCGCAACUGCUUGGAAUAAUAGUGAGAAAAGAAAAACCAAUUCUUGAGGAACAAAAAGAUGAUCUUGUACUAACAAUUGCGAAACACAAACGCACUCUAAUUGAUUUAGACAACGAAAUUUUGCGUUUAUUAAACGAGAGCCGUGGGUCAAUACUUGAAGACGAUGAGCUAUUCUCAACACUCCAAAAAUCUAGACAAACUUCAGUUUUAGUAAAAGAAUCUCUAACUACCGCAGAAUUUACUGAGAUUGAAAUUGAUGGUGCUCGACAAGAAUAUCAGCCUGCCGCUGAACGUGCAGCAGUAUUAUUUUUUGUACUCAUGGAUAUGUCGAAGAUUGACCCUAUGUACGAAUUUUCCCUGGCUGCUUAUAUACUCCUGUUUACUCAAUCCAUAGAUCGUAGUCCACGUCAUAACAUCGUUUACGAGCGAAUUUUACAUAUAAAUGAUUACCACACCUACUCAGUAUAUAAAAACACAUGUCGAGGAUUGUUCGAGGUACAUAAAUUGUUGCUGUCGGUGCAUAUGGCUGCCAAAAUCUUAGAUUGUGCAGGAAGACUAGUAGAAGCAGAGUACGAGUUUAUUCUGAAAGGUGGAAUUGUGCUAGAUAGACAAGGCCAAGCACCUAAUCCAAACCAAAAAUGGAUUAGUGAGCAAUCUUGGGAUAAUGUAAGUGAACUCGAUAAAAUUGCUGGCUUUCAUGGAAUUGUCGAUUCCUUUGAACAAAACAACUAUAAUUGGUCAGUUUGGUACGCAACUACAAGUCCAGAGAGUGAAGAUCUCAUUGGGGAGUGGAACGAAAAAUUAACCGAUUUUCAAAAAAUUUGUGUUGUCAGGUGCUUGCGACCGGAUCGUAUAUCAUUUUGUUUUACCCAUUUUGUUGUAAGUGUUUUGGGAACGCGGUUUGUUGAACCACCUGUAUUAGAUUUGAAAGCAGUUUUCGAAGAAUCUAUGGCACAAACUCCACUAAUAUUUGUACUUUCACCUGGUGUGGAUCCAACGCAAUCACUUAUGACUUUAGCUGAACAAUUAAAAAUGACUUCGCGAAUGUUCUCACUUAGUUUAGGGCAAGGUCAAGCACCUGUAGCCACGAAACUUAUAAUGGAUGGCGUCCGCGAUGGGAAUUGGGUAUUUUUAGCAAACUGUCAUUUAUCACUUAGUUGGAUGCCCACGCUAGAUAAAAUAAUUGCUACUAUGCAGUCAAUGAAAAUUCACAAAAGGUUUCGUUUAUGGCUGAGUUCGAGUCCAAAUCCAGAAUUUCCAAUCUCAAUUUUGCAAACCAGCAUUAAAAUGACUACAGAGCCACCGAGAGGAAUCAAAGCAAAUAUGAAACGCUUAUAUAAUACACUAUCUGAUGUUAAUUUAGAACAAUGCAAUGACCCAUCGAAAUACAAAAAACUGAUAUUUUCGUUAUGCUUCUUCCAUUCCAUUUUGCUCGAAAGAAAAAAGUUCCUUCAACUAGGCUGGAAUGUAGUUUACAGUUUCAAUGAUUCUGAUUUUGAAGUGUCUGAAAUAUUACUGGCCUUGUACUUAAAUGAAUAUGAAGAAACCCCAUUUGGAGCAUUACGGUUUUUAAUUGCCGGUAUUAAUUAUGGAGGACAUAUAACCGAUGAUUGGGAUCGUCGUUUGUUAUUAACUUAUAUUAAUCAAUUUUUCAAUGAAGAAGCAUUAACACAAUUGAGAUAUAGACUUUCAACACUUCAGAAUUAUUAUAUACCAGGGGAUGGUGAUCAUCAAUUUUAUCUAGAUCAAAUUUCACAGUUACCUAAUUUCGAUAAGCCCGAAGCAUUUGGUCAGCAUCCGAAUGCUGAUAUUGCCUCACUAAUUGGUGAAGCUCGAAUGUUAUUUGAAACACUCUUAUCCAUGCAGGGACAAGCAGCUACAGCAGUCGGAGAAAACAAGGAAACGAGAGUAUUGCACUUAGCUUUUGAUAUCUUAAUAAAUACUCCAGAAGAAUUAAACUACGAGCAAACUUCUAAAAUUAUUGGACUCAAUCGAACUCCUUUGGAAGUUGUGCUUUUGCAAGAAAUUGAACGAUACAACGUGCUUUUAGGAAACAUUAAGGUACAUUUAAGAGAUCUUCAGAAAGGAAUAAAAGGCUUAGUCGUAAUGAGCACUGAUUUGGAGGAAAUAUUUCAUGCUGUUUACGAAGGACGAGUUCCUCUUGUGUGGCUUAAAGCUUAUCCAUCUCUAAAACCAUUGGCCGCGUGGUCUCGCGAUCUAUCCCUUCGCAUAGAGCAUUUCUUUUUUUGGUCAAAAACAUUGCGACCACCAAACCUAUUUUGGUUAUCAGCAUACACAUUUCCAACUGGUUUUCUGACAGCAGUUUUACAAACAUCUGCGCGAGCAACUCGUACACCUAUUGAUGAGUUAUCUUGGGAUUUUCAUGUGUUUAUUGAAGAGGAUGCAGCAGCAGCACGUAUUGUUCGUGAAGGUGGUGGUGUGUACGUGCGUAGUUUAUUCCUUGAAGCGGCUGGCUGGCAACGUAAAAUGCAAUGUUUGCAAGAUCCACUACCUAUGGAACUGGUCUGUCCAAUGCCUGUUGUACAUUUUAAACCAGUUGAAAGCUUAAAGAAGAAAACAAGAGGAGUGUAUCAAUGCCCAACAUAUUAUUAUCCAAUUCGUUCUGGCUCAUAUGUGAUAGCUGUGGACCUCAAAUCGGGGGUUGAAAAAGGGGAGUUUUGGACUAAACGCGCAACAGCGCUCCUUUUGAGUUUAAGCACUUAACAAUAUUUUUUUUUAUAUAA